GGCGCAGCCGAAGGAGCCCUCGAUACCGAACUCUCCGCCGCCCUUCCACGAGUCGUCGCCGUAGGAGAAGAGAACCGUGUUGGUGCCGGCCUUUUCGAUGAUGCUCUUGAUGGCCUUGGCCUGCUCGUCGGUGCCGGCAAUGGCCGCGUUGUUGUUGCUCGUCGACGAGUGCGGCCAGCCAGCCUCCAGGUUGAACACGUCGGUCAGGUUGGGGUAGUCGGGGCACACCUUCUUGGCCAGCUUGAGCUGGUCCAGGAUGAAGUCACCCGCCUUCUCGGCAACACAGUCGGCGUUGAAGAAGGGCUGCGCGUUGACACCGAUCACGUCAAUGGCCUGGCAGAGGUGCUCGUUGGCCUGCUCCUGCAGCACGUUGAGAGUCUCGGUGGUAGUGAGCUUCUUGACGGCAAGACCGGCCUCGGUGAUCGAGGUCCUGACGGACAUGAUGAACUGGCCGAGCUCGGCGGCGGUGCACCACUGGUUGAAGAUGGCCUCGUUACCCACGACAAUCAGCUCGACAAGCUCCCAGUUGCUGCCCUGCGAACCCCACUUGGUGAGCUCGGUGACUUGCUCCUUGGCCUUCUCGAUUCCGUUCUCGUCAAUGUAGAUGCCGACGAUCAUCUUCAGGUCGUACUCCUGGCAAGCGGCACCAAUGUUGAUGAGACCGUCGCAGUCGGUGGCGUACACACGGACGGUGGUGAAACCCUUGUCCUUGAUGGCCUUGACGUCCUUCAUGACGUCGUCGGCCUUCUGGCACUGGCCGUCGGAGCUGUAGGGAGUGUAGGUGAUGGCCCACUGGUUGCCGUUGGUGGUCAUGCCGUUGGAGUUCUUGCCGCCGGAGUUAGCAGAGCCGGUGGCGGUCGGCGUCGACGCAGCAGGAGUCGAGCCAGCAGGAGAGACGGGGGUCACGGGGGUGCUCUCAGCGGCGGCGGGGGUGCUGGUCUCGCCCUGGACGUCACCGGUAGGGGUGGGGGUGGGGGUGGGGGUGGGGGAAGCGCCCUGGGAGCUGUAGGGACAGACAAAGACAUCGUUGGUCUUGGUGAUGGUGACGGUCUGCUCAGGGUGAGUGUAGGUACCAGGGGCGUACGAGGUGGGCGUGGGGUGGACGGUGACCGUGGCCUCGGGGACGCUGGUGGUGGUGGGAGCAAUGGUGUACUCGCCAGCGGCCGGGCAGGUGUAGGUCGUGGUCUUGAUCACGCUGGUGGUCGUGGAGUCGGUGGUCUCCACGGCGGCGUACGGGCAAGUCACAGUGGUCGCGGUGACGACCGAGGUCGUGACACCACCGUAAGUGUUGACACCAGGAGUAAGGCUGGCAGUCGUGGCGGCACAGACGGUGGUGCUGUCGGUGAGAGUGACAGUCUCGGCCGGGAUGGUGUAAGUACCGGGGGUCGCGUACGUAGACACAGCCGGGGUGGGCAUGGGCUUCUCGUCGGUCGGGGAGCUCGGGGCCGGGGGAGCAGAAGUCAAGGCAGCCGCAGAGGAAGUGGCCGGCAGGGGCGACGACGCAGGGUUGGUGGAGACUGAUGGUCGAAGUCAGAGAAAAAAGUAUAGCUAGGCGAGGUAAUUGCAAGCACUCACGGGUAGCCGGGCCAGUAAUGGUGCUGACGUAGGUGGUGCAGCCGCACACCUCGCCCUUCUCAUUACGGGCCUCGAGCUGGGGGACGCCCCUGCGGUUGUGGAAGCCCUGGUGGCGGUCGUGGAGGGAGCCCGCGGCGGCGUUGCCAAGCAGGGCGCCGGCGGCGACGGCGAAAAUGGCAGACUUCAUGGUCAAAACAGGCAGAUAUUAGAAAUAAUACGGAGUAUGGCCGCUGAAAGAGUGAAGCGGUGCAAGAGGAAAAGAGUGACUAAGGCAAGGCCUGGACUUGACAGUGGGGAGG